AUGGCCAGCACGCUGAGCACGCUGGACAUCUCCAACCUGGGCAGCUCAGAGGAGCGCAUCGCGGCAAGAAGAGCGCGAGCCGAAACCAAGCUGAAACAGGAUAAGGAGGAGGCGGAAGGCAAGAAGACCAAAAAAGACGAUGCAGCCGAACAGGUGUCCCUGGGCAAAGAGCAGUACGGCACGUCGCUGGCGGAGCUGGAACGCUUCCGCACGGAGUCCUGGGACGAGUUGACGUCGAUCCUGGUGCGCUUCGAUGACCAGGAGAACCAGCGGAGGAUCGUGGAGGAGAACAACCGCUUGGACCGCUACGAAGCCUUACAGAUUGAGGCUGUGACGAGUGGUCGAAAGAAUGCCGCCAUUGAGAUGAAAUGGGCCGAUCUUUUGAAUAUGGAUAUCCCUCAGGAGCUCAACGACCAGCUGCAGUUUCAGAAAAGCGCUUGCCGGCAGAUCAUUGACUCGAAGGAUCGGCGCAUUGAAGACUUCAAGACGGAGUUGAAGAACAAGGAUGAAGAGUACAUCAAGAUGCUGAAACAGCAGAGGGUGGACAUCACCACUUUGAUCUCCAAGAUGCGUGAGCAAUACCAUUCUCUCAGGCAGCAUUAUGAACAGCAGUUGGAGGAGAUUGAGCAAGCCUUUGAGGAAGAGCGAAAAGAGAUGCUCCAGAAGAAUAAGGCUGAGAUCGAAGCACUCUUCGAGAUGCGUCAGCUCAUGGAGCAGCAGGAGUUUCUCGAACGUCGCCAGGAGCGGGAACGUGGCUUCCAGCAACAGAUCGAGGAGCUGCGAACCGACAACGCGGACGGCUACAACAAGUGCAAGAUCGCCUUGGAGAAAGGCAUCCAGGAGCUCGAACAGCACUUGGAAAAGAUGCUGGCCACCUAUUUGCUCAACAAGGAGAAGUUAGAAUACAACUUGCAGGUUCUCUCGGAGAGGAACAAGGAACACACCGCCAUUCAGUCCUCCUACAAGAACCGUCUGAAUCGACUUAGGGAGACCUUGAACAUGUUGAUGAGCCGUUACAACACCUUGGAUCAGAAGUACAAGACGCACAACCACGAGCUGACCGAAGAGUACAAACGGGUCACCAAGCAGUUCAAGGAUUUACAGGAAAAGUUUCAGCACUUCGAGCAGGCGGACGAGAAGAAGUUCCGGGAGGUUUGGGAGAUGAACGAAGCCGAAGUGCGCGGCUUGAUGACCAAAGUGCUAGAGGCAGAUCGGCUCCUGCACGAACAACAGCUGGGCCACGAAUGGGUCCCUCCCAAGGAGGAAUUGCUGCAGCAGGAACUGGACACCUUUUCCGAGAGUGGCACCACCACUGGGAAGAGCACCGCCCUGGAGUCUGCUGACAUGGGACAGUCCGACUCCGGCAAGUUCUCAGCAACCAAGGUGAAAAAGGUCCUGGAUCUGAUCAAGGAUGAGACUCAGUUUCUGCUGGAUAUGAAGGUCCGCGAUCAGCUUGCAGAACUUCCACCGGAGCAGCGUGAUGUGCUGCAGAUCGAUGCCUUGCUCCGUUACAUCGGAGUGGAGGGUCAGCAGGACGUGGAUCUCUUGGUGCAGGUCUUCUACAACGGGCAGGAGGAAGAUGACGAGGCUUUGAUGGUGGAGCCAGAUGACGUGCUGCAGCAUCUGAAGAACUUUAUCCAGGAGAAGGAGAACGCCCGCAUCGCCGACGUUGCCCCGGACAAGAAGAAGAAGGCCCGCACGCAGCAGCUGGGCUCGGAGAGUGAGGCGGACCGUAAAGCGCGCCGCCGCCGCGAGGAACGCAAGUUCUGGGAACGCAUGGGCCACGUGAUCCCCGACAUGAACUUCCGCGUGUGGAAAGCCCUGGACCUCUUCCUGAAGCGCUACUACGAGCUGCUGCAGCGUCGCAGCAAGAGCAUCGACUCCGCGGUGGCCAUGCAGAAGCAGAACGAAGAGCUGAAGGCCUUGUUGGAUCAAUACCUGGGAUCCAAGGUCAACGAAGAGCUUCAGGUGCCACCCACCCAUGUCAUCACCGUGGUCUCUCAGCCCUGA